AUGUCCGGUUUCGCCUAUGACGGACCUUCGUCCUCGUCCGCACCACCGCCGCCCUACUCCGUGACCGCAUCCGCCUCCGGCUCCGGUCAAUUUGGCUCCACGUCCUCGACCCAAUUCCCGCCCCCACCUACCGCCGCCGUCGCCGGUCCGUCCUCGGGCUACCCUUCCUCCUCUGCCGCCGACGGUCUCGGCAUCGUGGACUCCAAGUGGCGCCUCGCCGAUCCUAGGUCUUCGUCGGCGCACUCGCUUGCCCCGUCCGCAAAGGACCGCGACGGCGUCACCCGCCGGACCCUGCUCGUCAUCUACAUCCACGGCUUCUACGGUAACGAGUCGUCCUUUCGCUCGUUCCCCGCUCACGUUCACAAUCACCUCAAAGAAGCUCUCGCUGAGACGCACGUCGUCCACUCCAAAAUCUACCAUCGCUAUAAGACGUACAAGGCCAUCGAUACGUACAAGGCCAUCGAUGUGGCUCGUGACAACUUUAGCCAGUGGCUGGAGCCGCACGAGUCCGACUCGACUGAUGUCAUUCUCGUUGGACACUCAAUGGGAGGAUUGCUCGCGGCCGAGGUUGCCAUGAUGGUAUAA